UGUUAUUUUUUUUUUUUGUUCCAUCUUAAAUCGUAGAACGUCGUGCGGAGCAAUCGCCCAUCGGUCCGGACCAACGACGCGACGGCUGUUCCCCUCCAUGCGUUCCCGAUUUCUUAUCACAACACCGCUGUAGCACGGAUCGUCCACAAGACCACAACACACCGACUCUUCGACAUGUGCCGCACGUGCCGUUUACGGCGUUCGUAAGAUUCGUGCGGUGAUUCAUUCGCUUUCGUUCGACGUCGUUGUUGCGCGAUUGAUUGCGUAAUUGCUGCCUUCGCUUGUUCGGGUGCAGUGUUUGGACCACCAUCCAACCAACUGUGACUCGUUAAUAUCCAUCCAGUUCAUAACGCUGAACCACUGGUGUCUAAGUAGAUAUUGUCAUCUCAAUUCUACUGAUCAUGUCUGUUUUUAUUGAUAUUUGUGAAUCGAUACGAUUAUUCUUUCGCACACAUGCAAACAUAGAAAUAAAUAUUUCAACGCCAACCAUUGAUCCAAAUGAAAAUGGCCACAUCCGCUUCUAUUUAAAACGCAAUUUGGAGCCUGUCCUCAAAAUGCUUGCGGAAAACUUGGAUGCCAUAGAUCAUUACCAUCAAUUUCUUGAUUAUGCAUCAAUAUGGUUGAAAACAGAUCUAUGGACAGAUUCAGUGAUCAAACAGAUUUUAACUCAAGGCAGUAGAUAUGGUAGCAAUAAUUUAUGCCAAAACACUGAAAUUUUAGUAGUUGCUGAUGAGUGUGAUGAUUCGGUAACAAGCUUGCGUAUUUCAUUAUUGAAGAAUGCUUUUCAAAAUUUGGCUGUAUGGAAUGGAUACAUUAUUGGAAAUAAUGGACUCAAAUUUUUGUUGUCAAAAAAAAAUAAUUCAAAUCUUACAAAUCUUGUAAUAUGUGGCAAUGUUGUACCUAAUAUUACAUCAAAGGAAUAUAAACAACAAAAACAUGAUGAUAUUUCUAAAAUGUGUGCUAGCCGUACUGAUAACUCUAGUGAUUAUCCAAUUGACAUUAUAUCAAAACUUUGCCACUCAUCAAUUGUCUAUGAAUUAUUAUGUACUCGACAUAACAAAGUUAUUCGUGUACAACAUGCGACAUCAAAUAAAGAUAAAGGUAUUUUCAUAAUGUAUAACUAUUCAAGGCUGUGUCAAGUGUUGGCAGUAUACGAAAAAAAUUAUACAGAUAAUUAUUAUAGAGCAUUACCAGAUAUCGAAGAUAUUAAUUUUAAAGUGUUACAAAAAACUGAAGAAUGGAUUUUGAUUUUUAACUAUUUAUCAGUAUUUCCAUCAAUUAUUCAAGAAUGUACUAAAUAUUUAUCAUCAGCCCAUAUUGGUGUUUAUAAACUGUGUUCAUUUUUGGUGGAAAUGUCAUCUUGUGUUAGCUCAUUUUAUCAUAAACAUAAUAUUUUAAUGGAUCCACUUCCACAUUUCUUGCCAUUGAUGUAUGCUCGUUUAUAUUUGGUCAAAGCUUUAAUACAAGUGUAUGAAAAUGCUUUCCAUAUAUUAGGCAUUGAAGCUGCUCGUGAAAUAUGAGUGAUACUUUGCCAAUGAUAUUACUGAAGAUAACUCAGAAAAUCUGAUAUGUAAUGAUUAUUAAAAAAUAUGAUUUCUAUAAGUCGUAUAAUGGCUUAAUCGCGUUACUUUAAUUUUAGUAUAUUUUUUACUGUAAAUAUAUUAAUCUCCUUAUGCUGCUUCAAAUUUUUUAAUAUUUUU